UUUGCCCCAAGUGUUGCACCCAGCAAGCUGGCAGUAAGGACCCGGGUACUGGCGGAUGGGGAUGGCGGUUCUCACUCUCUGUGCGUGAAGGACAGAGCCCCUGGACUGCCAGGUUCCCGACCAGGGAGGAGGAGGAGGAAGAGAACUCCAUCUGCUGGGGCCUGAGUGUGGCCUGGGGGACAGGCCAUCGUCCCAGAAUGCCCCUGCCGGAGCCCAGCGAGCAAGAGGGCGAGAGUGUGAAGGCUGGCCAGGAGCCAUCCCCGGAAUCCCCUGAGCCAGGCACAGAUGUCAUUCUUGCAGUCCCCACAAAGCCCAAAGAGUUCUCCAAACUGGUCCUGCUGACGGCCUCCACGGAGAACGUGGAUGGGGUGGACUCCCAGCCCAAAGGAGGGCACUGUGGCAUGUCCCUGGAGAUGUCUGGUCCUGACGCACUGGCCAGGACCCCCCAGAUCCUGCCAGUGGAGGAGCAAGUGGGGGCAGUCCAGCCAACCCCCCAGGCCCCUGAGCAGACAUGCAGCAAGCCAGAUACAGCAGCCCCCAAGCCCCUGGAGUUCCUGAGGACCCCAUUCGGGGGCCGCCUCCUGGUGCUCGAGUGCUUCCUGUACAAGCAGGAGAAGGCAGUGGGGGACAAGGUCUACUGGAAGUGCCGUGAACACUGUGAGCUGGGCUGCCGGGGCCGGGCCAUCACCCGAGGCCCACGGGCCACAGUGAUGCGGGGCCACUGCCACCCGCCCGACGAGGAGGGUCUGGAGGCGCGGCGCCGGAGACAGAAGCUGCCCGGCCCAGCCCUGCCUGAAGGCUUCGGGGUUCCGGAGGGCCCUCGGGGCCGAGUGGAAGAGCCGCUGGAAGGGGUGGGCCCAUGGCUGUGCCCUGAGGAGCCAGAGCCCACCCCCGGGUUGGUGCUGAGCAAGCCGGCCGCAGAGGAGGAUGAGGGGCUGCGAGCCCUGUCACUGCUGAGCUUGCCCCCCAAGAAACGCCCAACACUGGGGAUCGGAGAACCCCGGCCCCUGGAAUUCCUGAGGACGUGCUAUGGGGGCAGCUUCCUGGUGCACCAGUCCUUCCUCUACAAGCGGGAGAAGGCCGUGGGGGACAAGGUCUACUGGACGUGCCGGGACCAUGCACUGCACAGCUGCCGCAGCCGGGCCAUCACCCAGGGCCAGCGGGUGACCGUGAUGCGGGGCCACUGCCACCCGCCUGAUGUGGAGGGCCUGGAAGCCCGGCGGCAGCAAGAGAAAGCCAUGGAAACGCUGCAGGCCAGGCCUGGUGGGCCUGGGGGCCAAGUGGACAAGCUGCUCCAAGGCGUGGAUGGCCUGCUCUACCGCAGGGGGCCGGGGACUCUGACUCUCACCAGAGCCCGGCCUAGGAAGCGCACAAAAGUCCUUCCGGCCCAGCCCCAGGCCCUGCAGGGAUACUGCACUGAGGACCAGGAUGAGGACCCUGGAGGCCCUGAGUUCCUGAGGACCCCUCUGGGGGGCAGCUUCCUGGUGUACGAGUCCUUCCUCUACAGGAGGGAGAAGGCGGCCGGGGAGAAGGUGUACUGGACGUGCCGGGACCAGGCCCGCAUGGGCUGCCGCAGCCGGGCCAUCACGCAGGGCCAGCGGGUGACCGUGAUGCGUGGCCACUGCCACCCGCCCGACCUGGGGGGCCUGGAGGCCCUGAGGCAGCGGGAGAAACGCCCGGGUGCGGCUCAGCGGGGGAGCCCAGGAGGCCCUGAGUUCCUGAGGACCCCUCUGGGGGGCAGCUUCCUGGUGUACGAGUCCUUCCUCUACAGGAGGGAGAAGGCGGCCGGGGAGAAGGUGUACUGGACGUGCCGGGACCAGGCCCGCAUGGGCUGCCGCAGCCGGGCCAUCACGCAGGGCCAGCGGGUGAUGGUGAUGCGUAGGCAUUGCCACCCGCCCGACCUGGGGGGCCUGGAGGCCCUGAGGCAGCGGGAGCGGCUCCCCAGCCCGGCCCAGAGGGAAGGCUCAGGAACCCUCCGGCCGCUGGAGUUCCUGAGGACGUCCCUCGGGGGCAGGUUCCUGGUGUACGAGUCCUUCCUCUACAGGAAGGAGAAGGCGGCCGGGGAGAAGGUGUACUGGAUGUGCCGGGACCAGGCCCGCAUGGGCUGCCGCAGCCGGGCCAUCACGCAGGGCCAGCUGGUGACGGUGAUGCGUAGCCACUGCCACCUGCCUGACCUGGCGGGCCUGGAGGCCCUGAGGCAGCGGGAGCGGCUCCCCAGCGUGGCCCAGCAGGAGGACCCAGAUGAAACUUCCGCCGGAAGCGCAGCUGUGCGUCCAGCCUGGCUCUCCGGAAAGCCGGCAGAUGUCUGGGUAAUUGAAGGUGGAAGGUACAAAACGGGACAGCGAGUCCCCGUGAGGCCAGUCUCCUCCCGACUGAGCAGACGGACUUCGUGUGUUGCCAGCGUCAAGGGUGCGCCGAGUGCGCCCGGGCCCCUGGCCUUUCCCACCCGGUUAGACCUUGCUUCACGCAAACUCUCUUCCACCCUUCCGCAGCGCUGGUGGCCUUCACGUUUCCUCGAGGGUCUCCCAGGAGCCCUACUUUGAUGGUGUCUCCGAGAGG